AUGGCCACCCCCGAAGCUUCCCGACAAUAUGUGCCUCUCACCUGCCACGGCCAUUCCCGUCCUGUUCCUCACAUCAGUUUCUCGCCGCUCGAGAAGGAUGACGUGUAUUACCUGAUCUCAGCAUGCAAAGACGGCAACCCGAUGCUUCGCGACGGCCAGACUGGAGACUGGAUCGGCACCUUUAUCGGACAUAAAGGUGCUGUUUGGCAAGCUAGACUUAGCCCCGAUGCGGCUACCGCUGCUACGGCCUCUGCAGAUUUCACCGCAAAAAUAUGGGACACCCACACCGGUGAGCUCCUGUUCACUCUGCAGCACGAUCAUAUUGUUCGCGCCGUCGCCUACCCGCCGGACAAUUCCGAUCUCGUCGCCACCGGCGGUAUGGAGAAGAAGCUACGCAUCUUUGAUCUCACCGAGAUGAAACCUCCUUCCAACUCCGAGGCCGCAACAAAUGGCAACAACGCCGAGGCCGCCGUCGUACCGUCCACCAUCUUGGCUUCCUCGGCCUUCGAGAUAGGGGCUGGAAUUCAUACCGCCUCUAUCAAGUUCAUCGUCUGGACAAGGGAUCCUAACAUCCUGAUUACCGCGUCCGACAACACUCUGCGCUGGUUCGACUUGCCUAGCCGAAGCGUUGUGAAGCAGGAGGUGCUGGACGGCGAGAUCGGAUCAUGCGAGUUUUGCGCCCUGGCUCCAGAGCAUACGUCCAAGACAGACAUCGGCGAGGGAUUGCCGGUUCUGGCCGUAGCUGCUGGCAAGUCUAUCUACUUCUGGGGCGGUGUUCGUGCCAUGAACGAACUGAAGCGCACCAAGAUGAGCUACAAGGUAGCAAGCGUCGCCUUGGACCCCAAGGGCAGGAAGAUCGUGGUCGGCGAAGACAUCCCAGCGACUUGGGCAAGGGUUUACAGAUGGGAUGACGAUGAAGAGAUAGACAUCCACAAGGGCCACCAUGGACCUGUUUGGUCAGUGGCAUUCUCACCGGACGGCAAGUUGUACGCUACCGGAUCGGAAGACGGAACUAUCAAGAUGUGGAAGAAUUGCGAAGGGUUCUACGGCCUCUGGCGUGGAGGUGCGAACAUGGCGACCGAACGAAGCGCCGAAUAG